CUAACCUUUAACUUUGUUUAUGUAUGCUUUUACUCUAAUUUAAGGUUAUUAAAAUAAGCAUAUUUUAGUUUAUAUUCUUUCAUUACAUGUGCAAAGUUUUCAAGUUUUAUAUGACGUUUAUUUUUAUUUAAAUCUGUUAACGCUUUUUACACUAAACAUGUCAGAAGGCGAUGUACUUGAUAUAAAGUUUCGAUUUUUGGAACUAUUUGCAAACUUAGAUGAAACACAGUUAGAUGUAGUCGAAAACUGGAUUUUGUCUCGUGCUUAUAGAAAAGAUUUACAAUUUAAAAAAGAUCUUGAUAGUAAAGAGGACAAGUUAAUUAAAAUUGGUAUGAAGUUAAAGAAGCUUGUGCCUUUUGAAGGAGAAAUGCCAUCAGAGAACAUAGUGCCUCCCGUUGUUGGAGACCAGGCUGACUGCACUGAAGCUAACACAUGCCAUAUAGAUGAGUUUAUAUAUGAUGAAAAAGAAGUUGAAGACCUGGUAAAAAGUGGAAAGCUAAAAAAACACUAUUGUACUGAUUGUAACUCCAGAAACAUCAAGGAAUUGAUCUAUACUUCACAUUCAAUGUCCAGACCAACUCUGCAAUAUAUCUUUAAUGUUUUAUUACCUGCAGACUUAGAAGGUAAACGAUUAUUAGAUGUAGGGUCAAGACUUGGAGCAGUUUUAUAUGGAGCCUAUCACUUCUCAAAUGCAAGUUCAAUAAUUGGAAUAGAAAUGAACAAGGAAUGCUGUGAUAUUCAAGAGAAAAUUAUAAGUCAAUUUUCAAUGGAUAGAAAUAGAAUAAAAGUUAUUCAUUCUGAUGUUAUGGAGACACAUGAUAUUGUUGAAUUAUCUGAUGUAAUUGUAAUCAAUGUUCUUGAUUUUUUUGUUGAUAUUGAAAAACACAAAGAAAUGUGGUACUUUUUUAAGAAACAUAUUAAGAAAGGCACUUUUAUUGUAACUAACAGAAGUAUGGCCGAUACUUUAGGUUACUUAGAUAUUUUUGAAGAAUUUAUGGAAUGGUUAACAAUUUGCAAACCAUAUCAAAUUGAAAAUGAAGUUUUUUUUGAUACAGAGAUAAAUAGUGAAAUAUUUCUCUAUACUGUGAAAUAA